GGCCCCGCGGCCCCGCCUCCGGCCGUUGGCGGCCCCGGCCCGUCUCCCGCGGGGCAGGAGGCAGUGUGGUGUCUGCGGAGGUGCUGCGUAGUGGGACUAUGGCGCCGCUGAGGGACUGCAAGGCCUGGCAGGAUGCUGGACUUAUCCUGUCCACUACUAGCAAUGAAGCUUGUAAACUAUUUGAUGCUGUGUUGACCCAGUAUGCAACCUGGACCAAUGAUGAGCAUCUAGGAGGUAUUGAGGGAUGUCUCUCCAAGUUAAAAGCAGCAGAUCCAAAUUUUACAAUGGGACAUGUCAUCGCUAAUGGUUUGGAGCUGAUUGGCACCGGAAGUUCAGUGCGGCUCAACAAAGAGUUGGACAGUGCAGUGAGAACAAUGAUGACACUUGCAAAAUCACAGCCACUGACUGAGCGGGAGAAACUUCAUGUAUCAGCUCUGGACAUGUUUGCCAAUGGCCAGCUUCCAAAAGCUUGUGACCUAUGGGAACAGAUUCUACAGAGCUACCCAACUGACCUGCUAGCCCUCAAAUUUUCCCAGGACACUUACUUCUACCUUGGAUAUCAUAUACAGAUGCGUGAUUCUGUUGCCCGGGUUUAUCCUUUCUGGACACCUGAUGUUCCUCUCAGCAACUAUGUGAAGGGCUACUACUCUUUUGGACUGAUGGAGACAAACUUUUUUGAUCGUGCUGAAGAGCUUGCCUAUGAGGCCUUGGCUGUGAAUAAGACAGAUGCAUGGACUGUUCAUACUAUAGCUCACAUAAAUGAAAUGAAAGCAGAGGUGGAGAAAGGAUUAGCAUUUAUGAAAGAAACUGAAAACAACUGGAAGAACAGUGAUAUACUUGCUUGCCAUAAUUACUGGCACUGGGCUUUAUAUUUUAUCGAAAAGGGUGAAUAUGAGGCUGCUUUGACGAUUUAUGACAAUCAUAUUGCUCCCCGGUGUCUGUCAAGCGGAAGCAUGCUGGAUGUGGUAGAUAACUCUUCUAUGCUCUACCGACUUCAUUUGGAAGGUGUAAAGCUUGGAAACAGGUGGGACAAUAUUCUCAAGCUUACAAAGCAGCACACUAAAGAUCACAUUCUCCUGUUUAAUGAUGUACACAUCUUGAUGUCCUCACUUGGAGCCAAAGACCUCAAAACUACUGAUGAGCUUUUAACAACUCUUCAGGAACUUGCCAAAACACAUUGUGAAGAACACGAGCUUUCCUUGGCUCCAGGUUUGGGGUUGCCACUAUGCCAGGCUCUUGUGGAGUUUGAAAAUGGAAAUUAUGACAAAGCUGUAGAUCUGCUGUAUCCAAUCCGUUACCAACUAAUCCAAAUAGGAGGCAGCAAUGCUCAGAGAGAUGUUUUCAGCCAGUUACUGAUCCAUGCUGCUUUAAACUGUAAAUCAGAAGCCAAACAAAACCUUGCUAAAUGCCUACUGAGAGAACGUGAUAUGAUGAGACCAAAUUCACCAUUGACAGAGCGACUUAUUAGGAAGGCAGCAGCUGUUCAUUCAAUGGCCUAGAUCCUUCUUGUGUGCUUCAGAUGAAGUGGCAGUGAGCUUACCAAUCAACAUUUGGGGGGGGGGGCAUGCGACACUAUAAACCAUUCUAGACUCCCUAGGAACUGGAGACCUAACAAUGUGGGGGGUUUUGUUUGGUUUGUUUGUUUUUUAAAGGAGAGCUGUUCGGUUUCAGGAGGUUGUAACUUAGCUUAUUCCACCAGGGAAUAAGCUCCCCUGCUGAUAAUGCACAGCUUUCCAAAGCAUCCUAUGAUACUGCUUUUCUGGUACUUUUGCCUGAAAACUCCCUUGUAACCUGAUUAUGAAGAUGCAUGUAGGCAUCAGUCAGUUAUUGGCCCAGUUUGCUACUUUGUUAAUUAAGUGUUCAGGUAAUUCAAGUAGGCUUUUUAAGCAUAGGUAAUAGAAAAUAAAGAGCCAAAUGCAAUACAAGCAUAAACUGAUUUCUGUGCAAAGCUUCUAGACUGCCUGGCCAUGGGUCACAGACUAGCAUUACAGAUCUAUCUGCACUCAGGAUCUCUUUCCAGGUGCAUAUUUUCUAAGCUCCCUCUCAUAAAAUGUUAGGCUUCUUCCCUUAAAAAAGGGGCCUCAGAGCUUUCUGAAACUAUUAUGUGAAUGAAACCAAACAUGAGGGACAAUUGCUGGCUGCUGAUUGGAAGUAUUUUAAUGUACUCCUUUGGCACUUGAAGAUCUUUCAGAGAAAAAAAAAAGGCUGGAUUUUUUUUCCCUCUUUAAGCAGUGAUAUUUCUCAAUGCUAGUUUGAACUGGUGUUUUUGUGCUUAUCUCAACUUUUGGAAAAUUGGGCCUUUUUAUGAUCCCAACAGCACCAAGUCACUGCGUGUUAGCAAAGUAUAGUUUAAAACCAAUGUCACAGUAUGCACUUUAUAGAACACUGAGACAUCUCAGUACAGGUGAAGACUGGAAGGGAGCUUCUACGAAGAGAGAGAGCUAAUGAGAACUGACACAAAGCUUUCUCCUCAUUUAAGUGAGGUGAUAACAAGCUCUGAUGCUGCCUCUGGAUUCUUGCAGUACAGCAAAGGUAACAGAUUAUCUUGCAAAAGCAAUUCAGAAUCCCUAACAAAGGGAAGAAAGACAGCAUUUCAAACCAAAACUAAACUUAUCUUGUUUCUGAAUGGAAAUAGGACUAUCUUCAGGUGCCUGAACUCUGGCUUCUGUAUCACAUCAUCAAUGUCUCCUGCACACUUGCCUCCCUUUCCCUCUCGCCCUACUCAGGCUCUUCCCUGGGUCCCACAGCAGCCCCCUCUCAUGUACAGCUUCUUCCAGCUUUACCACCUAUAUUGCUCACACUGCACUGUAUUUCACCUGGAGUUCCUGCAUAGAGGUUUAAGACCUGAAAGUGUCUUGCUGCCAGCCUUCUGCCCCAGCCCUCUUUUGAGAAAAGAAUAGUCAGCUUAUUUUUAAUGCGAUGAUAACUUGUGAAACCAGACAAGGGUACUUCAGUCCUUGCCUGUAGCUUUUUGAAUCCUGCAGGCAGUUGUAGUUCCCUAUACUUCAGGUACAUCCUUCCUUUGUGUAUCUAUCUGGCCAUGGCCUUGCUUUGGCCCACUGUCUGCUACAGUCACAGUAAUCUUUUUACUAUUGCCUUUUUUUAAUCAGUGCAUUUAUAACAAUGCUUUUGGACAAAUAAAUUUUACUCAAAGAUUGUAACAGAUUUCCUAGGGAACAAAAGCCAGAGAACACUGUUGGCUACUUAUGAAGUGUGUAGGUGUAAGUGAUCCAUUGCUAAACAAAAGUGACAAUUACAUUUAUAAUACUUUUGAUAUAAUGUGAUUUAAAACUUUGCCUACUUCGCAUCAAUAAAUUCAGAUAUGCUUAA